UGCACACCCUGUUUAUCUACAGUACAACAUCUUUUCACUCUUCACCUCAGAGAUGAUCCAGCUGAUACUGGUGACAGCUGCUGCACUCCUCUGCUCUCUUCCAAGUGCUGAUGGAGGGAAAGUCCUGGUGGUCCCUGUGGAUGGAAGCCACUGGGUCAACAUGAAGGUCUUCAUCCACGAACUGCACUCCAGAGGUCACAGCGUCACAGUGCUCCGGCCCAAAUACAGUUGGUACAUCGAGGCAGAGUCCCAUCUCUACCAGUCAAUCAACCUUGGUGAUGUGACUGAAUUUGAUCCCAACAUCAUGAGUUAUUUCACGACAAGAAUGCUGCAGCUCCGGCGUGACGUCCACACUUCAGUUUGGGCGUAUUAUAAAGCCUGGGAGGAGGUGAUGACAAUGCUCCAUGGGGCUCACAAAUUGGUGGUUGAUGACAUGCAGGAGGUAUUUGAGGAUGCUAAACUGAUGCAGUUCUUCCAAGAGGCCAAGUAUGAUGUAGUUCUGACUGAUCCCUGCUUCGGUGGAGGGGUUCUUCUGGCUCAUCGCUUGGGUCUGCCUCUGGUCUUCAAUGUACGAUGGACAAUCAUUGAAGAGGGACAUCGCACAGUUGCCCCCUCACCGCUCUCGUAUGUUCCCAUAGCAGGCACUGAACUGACUGAUAAGAUGACUUUUUGGCAAAGGGUGAAAAAUGUUUUUUUUGACUUAAUGGGACAAUACAACAAGUGGACGAUUAAAAAGCUGUACUACACACCAUUUAUCCAGCGUCACUUUGGUCCUGACGUUGACUUGGAUGAGCUCGUUCAGGCGGCAGAUAUUUGGUUGAUGAGAACUGACUUCACCUUUGAGUUCCCUCGUCCCACCAUGCCCAACAUUGUAUACGUGGGCGGAUUUCAGUGUAAACCCUCCAAGCUGCUUCCCCAACACCUUGAAGAUUUUGUCCAGAGCUCUGCAGAGCAUGGAGUCAUCGUGAUGAGCUUGGGGACUGUGGUGGGGACUCUUUCUGAAGAUAUAGCAGAAGAUAUAGCCGCUGCAUUUGCCCAGUUACCUCAGAAGGUUAUCUGGAGGCACACGGGGAAGAGACCGUCCACAUUGGGCAACAACACCUUGCUGCUGGACUGGCUGCCCCAAAAUGACCUCUUAGGACACCCAAAAACUAAACUGUUUGUGGCCCACGGAGGCACCAACGGAGUUCAAGAGGCAAUCUACCACGGUGUUCCCAUCGUGGGCAUUCCUCUGAUGUUUGACCAGGAUGAUAACCUGUUUAGGAUGAGAGUGAAGGGCAUCGCUAAAGUGCUGGACAUUGGCACGCUGAACAAAGACAACUUCCUGGAGGCGCUAAAGGCAGUGCUUUAUGAGCCGUCCUACAGGGAGACCAUGCAGGAGCUCUCCAGGCUGCACAGGGACCAGCUCAUGAAGCCUCUGGACCAAGCCAUGUUCUGGAUCGAGUUUGUCAUGAGACACAAGGGAGCUGCUCAUCUAAAAACCAAGUCCUACAAAAUGUCCUGGAUUCAAUACCAUUCUAUUGAUGUGAUUGUACUGCUGCUAGUGUCGGUCAUGGUGAUGUUAAUGAUUUGCGUUUUAACAGUGAAAUGUUUGUGUCAUAAAGUGUUCGGUGGGAUGAAAAAGAAAGUGGAAUAAUUCCAGAUACAUGCUGCCUGUUUCUGUAUGUAUUUCACUAAGCAGCUGAGUUUUACUCUAACACCAGUGGAAGAAGAAAAAGUAAGAGAAACAAAAAAAUGAAAAAGUAAUGGAAAAAGUAAUGGAGCAGUAAUGGUGCACCAAAUGAAACAGUUUUUUACCCUUUGAAACCUGAACAAAUUAGCUUGAUUUGAUUCAAAAACAUGGUUAAGGGCAUUGAGUAAUUUAGCAAGAAAUGACUCCCAAAUUAAUAAGCAUUUAAUAUGAAGUUCCAAGAGAAUUACCUGAAAAACAGCAAAACAAAACAAACAAACAAAAAAAAAAUG